UGCAUAUUUUAGUACAUUGACAUUUCAGGGUGUAUAGCGCCAGGUCAAAAACAAAAUUCCCGGAAUUUUUCUAGCGUCUUAACUUUCUCAGUUAUAUAGUUUCGGUUCGAUAUUAGUAUAGUAAGUUAAGUCGAAAAAGAGGGUCAACUUUGGAAUGAGAAAUAAUUAAACUGUAAAUUAGUACAAACAUUUAUUUUGGCAUUCUAAAAGUUGUGGCAAAGCUCACAUAAUCUCGUGUCCGCAUCUUAAGAUAUUCAAGGUUAAAGAUUAUUAAAAUCGAUUUUUCGCAAAUAUCUCUCUUUUAAUGGUUUCAAAGACAUUUGCAUCUAUUAUGAAAAUUGUAGAACACAAAUUCUGUUUCAAGUAUUUUUUCAUAUGCUUAACCCCAUUAUCUUUUUUACGAUCAAGUUACAUUUCAGAUACUUGUUAAUGAUUUUUUAUGAAACUGUGCUGGACAGGUCGACGCUACCCCCCUUGUUAUGGAAUGCCAGCUUUGUCUUUUCUUGAACUUUCUAUAUUUAUUUGUUUAUUGUUUUUAAAAUAUUGGUUUCCCCACUCGUGGAUUUUUAAUAAAGGUUAAAUUGCUAUUAAAUUGUCAGUAUGUUGUCCAUGCGUUGGAAUAAAAUCCAAAAGGAUGAAAUUAUUAUUAUGACCGGUAACUGCAUACUACCUUGUCAUACUGGCGAUGACAGAAUAACCAUUUAUGAUAAAAGAAAUUUUAUAAUUGCAUUUUGCUAUAUUUUCAUUUCAAUAAAUAAUUCGCGUACAACGAACAACGAUGGAAAAUAAACCGAAACAGUCAAUUUUUGAAAGGCAUUUUCGAAUCAAGUCAAGUAAACACCAAGCUACUUGACCAGACACUAGAUGAAUCAUUAAACCCAACAGAUAAUCUUUUGACAACCCGGUAUACAAUCUGCGUAUGUCGGUCUGUCCAUAUUUGCUUCUGGCUUAUAACGUCACCGCGCGCGACCAAAUACAGAAUGGGAAGAAGCGGUUAGAAUUUAAAUGAGCCCCCUGUUAAGGCCCUCAUUGAUCCACUUCCCAUCGAACAAAGUGAAAAGCUACAAACAUUUAAUCGCAGGACAGUUUGAAAGAGAUCGGGUUUGUUUAUAGACGCGAGUAGCAACAACGUUUUGACGUUUUAAAAAGUUACAAGAGGUGCUUGUUAUAAUUUUGUUUCUUUCGGUGCUAUUGGUAACGUUCAGUGUCUUGGGUUAAAGAAGAAAAUUUAGUUGAUAAAGCCGUUUUGUUAGAACAUCUUCAUAAAUGUCAAUUUUUAACAAGAAGAGUGUCCAACAGGUCCUCCGUCCUGUCAAAGCAACGAAAAAUUUCAUCGAAGUAGUGAAUAAAGUCCGGUUACGUCGCAGUUUAGGUCCGGUAAGUUGGUCCACGGCUGUGCGUUUUUUAAUCGCGCGAAAAUUUGACGUGGCUCGUGCGGUUGCUUUAUUCGAACAACACGAACUGACCCGACAGAGGGAAGGACUCAUGCACUUCGACCCUAUCAAGGAACCCCUCAAAAGCGAACUGAGUACCGGAAAAUUCACAGUGUUGCCCACAAGAGAUGCAACAGGUGCUGCUUUAGUGGUAUUUACAGCUCAAAGGCAUAUACCAGCGACUUCCACUCACCAAACAACUUUACAGGGUGUCGUAUACCAAUUGGACGCAGCCCUUCAAGAUCCCAUAACUCAGAGAGCUGGAAUUGUUUUUAUUUACGACAUGACCAACUCCAAAUACUCGAAUUUCGAUUAUGAUCUGUCACAAAAAAUACUCACGUUGCUCAAGGUAAGAACAAAUCCGAUUCCAUCGUCACAUCGUCAGUAAAAAAUGGGUUUACAA